ACUUCGCCACUCUAUUUGAACGCACCCUCGUCAUCAGGAGGAAGAUCCCGGACACUGAACCGGAUUCCGCUCCAUAGUUUGGUCCCUAGAUGCUUUGAUCGAGAUUACAGUUUAUUAGUCCGGAUAGGGUUACACUCCACCGCUGUAUCUGCUGCCUUUUGGGGUGUAUAUCGAGUUGGUUCUCUACAUCGAUUGUAAAGUGCAUCAGUCGCUGCAGGACAUCAACGUCCCCUCGAGUGGUGCCCUCGCGAGCUGAACCGGUAGCUCAUGCUUUAGCCUUCCUGUGGUCCCUGGUUGAGCAGUGGUUGGAACCCUCCUUAAAGAUGUUCUGUGGCCUUGAACCCAGGGCCCCGUCGGGCCAUCGGUCCCUACCCCAGAUGAAGCUGCUCUUAGUAGGCUGGCUGCUGGCCUCGGUGUGGGCUGAGGCUCAGGACUACUAUAACUUGCUGGGUGUUGGGAGAGAGGCCACGGUCAGGGAAAUCAGACAAGCCUUCAAGAAGUUGGCUCUCACCAUGCAUCCAGAUAAGAAACCUAACGAUAAGUCUGCUCAUGACGCCUUCCUGAAGAUCAACCGCGCUUAUGAAGUCCUGAAGGAUGAAGAUCUGAGGAAGAAGUACGAUAAAUAUGGAGAGAAGGGUUUGGACGAGCAGCAAGGAGGACGUUACGAGAGCUGGAAUUACUAUCGCUAUGACUUCGGUAUCUAUGAUGAGGAUCUGGAGAUCAUCACUCUGGACAGAGGAGACUUUGAUGCGGCGGUGAACUCUGGGGAAAUCUGGUUCAUUAACUUCUACUUCCCUCGCUGCUCUCAUUGUCACCAGCUGGCUCCUACGUGGCGGGAGGUGGCUAAAGAGAUGGACGGGGUGAUCCGGAUUGGAGCAGUGAACUGCGGGGACAACGGCCACCUCUGCAGGAGUAAAGGCAUCAACAGCUACCCCAGUCUGUACGUCUACAGAGCAGGCCAGAAACCUGAGAAGUUCUUUGGAGACCGCUCUAAGGACAGUCUACUUCAGUUCUCUAUGCAUUUCAUCACAACAACAGUGACAGAACUCUGGCAAGGAAACGUGUUUACUGAGAUUGAGCAGGCGUUCUCCUCAGGGGUCGGAUGGCUGAUCACCUUCUGCAGUGAAACUGGAGAUUGCCUUGAGUCGCAAACCAGGCAGAAACUGGCCGGCAUGAUGGAGGGUCUGGUCAGGGUGGGCUGGAUGGACUGCAGCUCCAAGGCCGCGCUGUGUGAAGGCUUCCAGGUGACCAGCGGAGCCACAGCCUACUUUCCACCUGGCAGUUCUCUGCAACAACAAGGCAGUGUGCUGUGGCUGCAAACUCUGGACAGUAGAGAGAUCUACAAUCAGAUCAUCAAUCACCUCCCUGACCUCCCCCUCCUCACCAAGGACACCUUCCAGAGCCAACUGGCACAUCACCGCUGGCUGGUUAGUUUCACGUUUGGAGAGAAGAACACGGCCUCCAACGAACACAAGAAACUGAAAGCCAUGUUGAGGAACGAUCACAUACAGGUGGGGAGGCUGGACUGUAUGGUGGACGCAGAGCUGUGCCUGUCUCUCUACAUCCAGAAGUCCUGUCUCGCUGUCUUUAAGGGCAUGGGGGUCUCGGACUUUGAGGUUCACCACGGGAAGAACGUGCUGUACAACAUCGUGGGCUUUGCCAGGGAGAGUGUCAGCGCCCAUGUGACUACACUGCUGCCGGACAACUUCCCCUCGGACAGGAAGGAGCCCUGGCUGGUGGACUUCUUCACUCCGUGGUGCCCUCCCUGCCGCGCCUUACUGCCAGAGCUGAGGAAGGCUUCCAUUCAGCUGGCUGGACAGAUGAGGUUUGGGACUUUGGACUGUACCAUUCACCACCACCUCUGUUCUAUGUACAAGAUCCAAGCAUACCCCACCACCGUCAUAUUCAACCGCUCGUCCCUCCACGAGUAUGAGGGACAGCACUCCGCUGAUGGGAUACUGGAAUUCAUCCAGGAUCUUGCCAGUCCAUCGGUGUCGGUUCUGGACCCUGAAAGCUUUCAGAGGAGAGUUAAAGGUCGUGCUGGAGGAGAGAUCUGGGCUGUCGAUUUCUAUGCCCCCUGGUGCGGCCCCUGUCAAGCCCUGCUGCCAGAAUGGAGACGGAUGGCCAGGCUGGUAGCAGGCCAGGUGAUGGUGGGCUCCAUGGACUGUCAGAAGCACCAGUCAUUCUGCCGGAGCCAGGGCGUGAGGGCGUACCCUGAGAUACGCCUGUACCCAAACCAACCCAGCCCCGCAGACACAUACAUGACUUACAGCGGAUGGAACAGAGAUGCUCAGUCCCUGAGGAUGUGGACACUGAGUGCUCUUCCCAGGGUCUCGGUGGACCUGUCUCCAGAGUCCUUCAGAGACUUGGUCCUGCUGGGUCCAGACCACUGGGUCUUGGACUUCUACGCCCCCUGGUGUGGACCCUGCCAACACUUCGCUCCCGAGUUUGAAGUCCUGGCAAGGAUGGUUAAAGGGGAGGUGCGUUCUGGGAAGCUGGACUGUCAAGCUCACCAACAGACGUGUCAAUCAGCUGGAAUCACGGCAUACCCCACGGUCCGCUUCUACCCCCACCUCGGGACCAGGAGGCGUGACCAGGGAGGAGAGGUUGUCAACAGCCGCCAGGCCAGCGUCAUUGCCACGGUCAUCAGGGAGAGGUUACAUCGAUUGUUGCCACUGCAAACUCAACACAACAAACUCAAUGUAAUUUUUUUUUUUCUAUUUGCAUAUUUGUCAGGGUCAGAUGUAACAGGUUUUAUGACCCCGAUGUACUGCAUGGUAAAAAGGAUUAGGACUGUAGUUAUCAAGCCCGAGGAGGAAACUGGCCCAAAGAAUGUGCAGAAUGCCGUAGCUUUGCUUCCUCGAGUAUUUUCAAGAGUACAAGCAAGUUCUCAACAUCCCUACAAUGGCUGAGGUCAUCAACCAGCCAACAUCAGCCUGGCUGAUGAUCAACGUACCCAGCUAAUCCAUUGCAAAUCCCUGCUCAGUUUUGGGAGAUAUCCUGAUGUUUGACAGACAGGCAGACACACAAACAGACAGAAACAGAACUUCGGGGGAGAGUGAGCAGGAGUGACUGAGGAGUGGCGUUGAACAAGCUAACGUAAAAUUUUUUAUUGUGUGUGGUGUUGUUGUGUUGUGUAUGUUACAAACUUGUUUGAAUGUCAAAUGACCUCCUAUUGUCAGAUGGUCUCCUGGAUCGAGCCCCUCUGUUGUGGCGGAGGCAGGCCUUCCUGUUCCAUAGGGUAGAUAUUUUACUGAAGAAAACCAACUUACACGAGUGGACAAUGCUCUCAGAAGGAGAGGUUUAUUUCUACGUUUCCUACUGCUGGCUGAGUCUGUUUAAAGGGGUGAUAUCAUGCUUUUUCGGCUUUCCCCUUUGCUUUAGACCAGGGGUGCCCAACCAGUCGAUCGCGGUCUACCAGUAGAUCGCCGAAAGAUCCCAAGUCGAUCGAGAGGGGUGAAAAAAAAAAAAAAAAAAAAAAAAAAUUGCGCGGGACAUAUACGUGCGGUAGCGCAUGCGCUGUCAACAGUAGUUGAAAGCCGUCAACAGUAGUUACGCAGUCCUAAACGUUGGCAUGGCUGAGGGGAAACGAGUUAAGACCUACCAUUUUCACCCUGAGUGGGAGGAAGAUAAUAUUGAUUAUUGUUGAGAAGACGCCGUGUGCAGACGGAAUGAAACCCCCACUGAAGUCCGUAGGUCCAC